GGCGCCCGCCGCCCGGCCGGUGAUCGCUCUCCGGCCGUCUCCAGCACCCUCGGCCCCCCCACGGCCGUUGGUCCUGGCGGGGGGAGGGAGAAAGUGAGAGUCGGUGUCAUCACCAUCCAUUGUCAGGAGGGGAAGAAAUUGGAAUCCAGCAGCGGCGAGCAGCAGCUGGGCGGUCACAUCUGGGAAUGCAAAGCCGACCUCCCCCCCCCCCUCCUCCACCACCACCGCCUCCUCUCUCACCCGGGAUCACUUCCGAAACCACUUCGCCUUCAGCCCCUGCCUCGGCCAGAGGGAUUUAUUUAAUGGGGAUGUGUUCAAGGCAAGAGCGAAUUCAGAAGGAUAUCGACGUCGUGAUCCAGAAGUCCAGAGCUGAGAAGGACUGCCUGUUUGCAGAUUUCAGAUACUCAGACUCCACCUUUACUUUCACCUACGUUGGCGGCCCCAAAAGCGUAUCCUAUUCAGUCCACGUGUCUGAAGAUUACCCAGAUAAUACAUAUGUGUCAAGUUCAGAAAAUGAUGAAGAUGUAUUAGUUACUACAGAGCCAAUUCCAGUAAUUUUUCAUCGACUAGCAACAGAAUUAAGAAAGACAAAUGACAUUAACUGUUGCUUAUCCAUAAAAUCCAAAUUACAGAAGGAAAAUGGUGAGGAGUCAAGACAGAAUAGCACAGUGGAAGAAGAUUCUGAAGGAGAUAAUGAUUCAGAAGAAUUUUAUUAUGGAGGACAGGUGAACUAUGACGGGGAGCUGCACAAACACCCCCAGCUUGAAGCAGACUUGUCGGCAGUGAGAGAGAUAUAUGGGCCACAUGCAGUUUCUCUCAGGGAAUACGGAGCCAUUGAUGAUGUAGAUAUUGAUCUGCAUAUUGAUGUUAGCUUUCUUGAUGAGGAGAUUGCUGUGGCAUGGGAAGUAAUUCGAACAGAACCUAUAAUUGUCCGAUUACACUGUUCUCUUACACAGUAUUUGAAUGGCCCAGUGCCCACUGUUGAUGUCUUUCAGAUUUCCACAAAAGAGAGAUUUGGCCUGGGACAUCAGCUGAAAAAAAUCAUGCAGACAUUUGUUACACAGCAGUGGAAGCAGAGCAAAGAAAAAUCCAAUUGCCUGCACAAUAAGAAGCUGUCAGAGAAGAAAGUCAAGUCUCCCCUGCAUUUAUUUACAACCUUGCGCAGGUCGCCAAGUUAUCCUCCCCCUGGUUGUGGAAAAAGCAAAUCCAAACUGAAAUCGGAGCAGGACGGCAUCUCCAAGACACACAAGCUACUGCGGAGGACUUGUUCCAGCACCGUCAAGACGGAGGACGUGUGCGCGCCGAAGCCACACAGGACCUUCGGCCGCUCGCUGUCCAGCGACCCGCGGGCUGAGCAGGCCGUGAGCGCCAUCAAGUCGCACAAACUCUUGCCCCGCCCCUGCCCCGCCGCCGCCAAGCAGGAGGACUGCCUCCCUCUCAAGUCGCACAAACUCCUGACCCGCUCUUGUUCCGGAGACCCGCGCUGUGAGCACAACGCCAGCCUGAAGCCUCACAAACUCUUAAGCAGGUCUUACUCCAGUAACCUCAGAAUGGAGGAAUUAUACGGACUCAAGAAUCACAAGUUGCUCAGCAAGUCUUACACCAGUGCCCCCAAGUCAUCCAAAACGGAGCUUUUCAAGGAACCCAACGCAGAGGGCCGGAGGCUCUCUCUUACCUCAGGGCUCAUUGGUAUCUUAACACCAUCGUCAUCUUCAUCUUCCCAGCCUGCUUCAAAUGGUGCCAAAUGCAUUCCAAUACGAGACCGUGGCUUCCUAGUGCAGACAAUUGAGUUUGCUGAACAGCGGAUCCCCGUGUUGAAUGAGUACUGUGUGGUCUGUGAUGAACCACAUGUGUUCCAGAAUGGCCCCAUGCUUAGGCCUACGGUGUGUGAACGAGAGCUGUGUGUAUUUGCUUUUCAAACCCUGGGAGUAAUGAAUGAAGCUGCUGAUGAAAUAGCAACUGGAGCUCAGGUGGUAGAUCUACUAGUAUCCAUGUGUAGGUCUGCAUUGGAAUCUCCUAGAAAAGUUGUCAUUUUCGAGCCAUAUCCUUCUGUGGUAGAUCCUAACGAUCCUCAGAUGCUGGCCUUCAACCCCAGGAAGAAGAACUAUGACCGAGUAAUGAAAGCCUUGGAUAGCAUAACUUCUAUUAGAGAGAUGACACAAGCACCGUAUCUGGAAAUCAAGAAACAGAUGGAUAAACAAGAUCCCCUUGCUCAUCCCUUACUGCAAUGGGUUAUUUCAAGUAAUAGGUCACAUAUUGUGAAACUGCCAGUUAACAGGCAACUGAAGUUCAUGCACACACCCCAUCAGUUCCUUCUUCUCAGCAGUCCACCAGCCAAAGAAUCCAAUUUUAGAGCUGCUAAAAAACUCUUCGGAAGCACCUUUGCAUUUCAUGGCUCGCACAUUGAAAACUGGCACUCCAUCCUGAGGAAUGGUCUGGUUGUUGCUUCUAAUACACGACUACAGCUCCACGGUGCAAUGUAUGGAAGUGGAAUUUAUCUUAGUCCAAUGUCAAGCAUAUCAUUUGGUUACUCAGGGAUGAACAAGAAGCAGAAGGUGUCAGCCAAGGAUGAGCCGGCUUCAAGCAGUAAAAACAGCAAUGCAUCCCAGUCACAGAAGAAAGGACAACAAUCCCAGUUCCUGCAAAGCCGUAACUUAAAAUGCAUAGCCUUAUGUGAAGUGAUCACCUCACCUGACCUGCACAAACAUGGGGAGAUAUGGGUCGUCCCGAAUACUGAUCAUGUCUGCACAAGAUUCUUUUUUGUCUAUGAAGAUGGCCAAGUGGGAGACGCAAAUAUUAACACCCAAGAAGGAGGCAUUCACAAAGAGAUCCUACGAGUAAUUGGUAAUCAAACUGCUACUGGUUAAAGGACCACCAUUUAAUUAACAUGAUUUGAAAGCCUUCCUCGGGUUCAAAGCUGGAUUUUGAACUGAAGAAGAUGAUAAAAUAAUUUAUUGUUAUUAUAAACAAAAUUAACCCUUUGAAUACUGAUUUUUUUCUUAGUAUUUCUAAGUAUAUCAUUAAAUACCUAAAAUGGUAUAUAAUUUACCAAUUGUAGGGUUAUGGAAUCUAGUAAUAAAAUUACAACAGCACUUAAACUGAAGUUUGGGUUCCUCACACAAUAAACAGAUUGAAAAAACAGUUUUGUGCUGAUAUGUUUAUAUUAAACUCUCUAAUUGGAAAUUUAAUAUUAUAUACCGACAUCUUAGGGUACCAAAAGAGAAUUGAAAGCAUUUUAUAAUGGCAUCUAAAUCUAUAAGAGACUUUGCAAUAAGUAUAAUGUUUGUACAUUCUGAUGUGCUAUAUAAUUAGCAGUAUGAAAGUUCGAAUGUUUUGGGGAGGGAUGUUUCCUAAUCUGUUAUUUUUCCUUAUAUAAAAGCAAUUAGGUCUUUAGAUGCAGCGCUUUGCCUAAAAGUAUGUAAUAUACAUAUCUAUAGAUUCAUGCAUCAAAUGUCUGAUUGUACAUAUAUGUGUAUAUGUACACAUAUAUGUAUUUUAACAACAAAGAUGGCAUAGCUCCACAGUUCUGUUCUCAUUCGAUGGAAAGAAAAUAAUAUUCAGUAAGAAAAUGAUGUUCUCUCUGGACAUAAACCAAGAUAUGAGCCAAAUUCAUCACCAUUCAUUCACUGAAAAUAUUUGCAAACAAAUUUUCUAUUUGUUUAAAGAAUUUUCCCUUCAGUUAAACUCUUUAUAAUGUUAUAAUGUUGUAAUAUGGGGUAUGUAGACACCCCUGGUGGACUAAAUCUAUUCGAAUGAUCAUAUGUUUAAAAGAAAGACCUUGAAUUUAAACAAACAGUAUAUAUAUAUUUUUAUUUCCUACAACGGAAUUUUUUUACAUUUAUUUAUACCACACCAGCCUUUUUGUAUUUUUUCAUUUAAGACCUGUGCUUAGUUUGUUUUUCAUAUUGAGAAAGAAGACAAACUUUGAAAUUUCUUUUAUAUUAAAAGAAUAUGAAUACGUUUACAGAGAACAAUAACACCAGCUCUCAGCAUUCUCUUUUUGAGUCAUGUGCUCAUCAAAAUCAUUUCUGUUUCUUUGGAUUCUAAGUUCUUAUUCAUUACAAGUUUUAAUUGACAGUGUGUAUUUUCCUGCAUGAUGUUUCUGGAAUAAGGCCAUUCAUGAGAGCAGUUUAAUUAGCAAGUCUGCCACUCUAUUCAAAUCCUGAAUCAAGGCUCAUAUCUAUUUAAAAAGAAAAAAAUUUUAAAUGUACACUCAUUUGUAAGUGUAAUAUUACAAAUUCUGUGCUUAUUUCCUUUGGUAUAAAAGGUGAGAACAAAGGUCAUCCACAUUGUUAAGGGUUGCCAUCUAGGAAGCAUUUCUUAAUCAUUUGUUUUCUUAUAUUGUAAAUAAUUGAUAUGCCACUUAUUUCUGCAAAAAUAGACUUGAAGUGGUUGGGAUAUUCAUCAUUGUGAUAGGAUCCACUUAAAAUAUUGAUCUGUUUUGACUUGUGCCUCUGAACUCAAGGCCAGACUGAAGGAUAAUAUUGGUAUGGCAGGGCAAAGAUACAGUAUCUUAUUCAGUCUUCUGUGAUCGGAUAUUUGAAGACUUUACAUGGGUCAAGAGGACUACUUGCUUCUUUCUGCCAUGACUCCCAUAGUCUCCCAAGUCCCUUUAUGGAGUUUUAAAAAGUAACAGAAGUAACAAAAUUACUUUUUCAAAAUAAUUUUGUGGGACAUUCAUAUAUAUGACAUAAAUAUAAGGCUGUAAUAGCAGGAUUUGGAAAUUGAAAUCCUGAAACCGCCUAUGUUUGGCCACUAGGACCACUGAGGCACCUCCAAAAACUCUCUGUCGUACCUCCAAGCAUAAUUUAAAAACCACCAAUCCAGUAGGGUUUAUUUAACAGUUGAGGGAUCAGUAAGGAGUGUAGUGUUAGAAGCUGAACUGGAAAGGGAGCUUGGAGGACUCAAGGGAGACUAUUUAAAGAAGAUAAAACUUCAUAAUACAAACUUCUGCUACCAACUUAAGCAUGAAAGUAGAUUCAGCUAACAGAGCAAGGGAAGUAAUUGAUAGCUUUAAUGCCCACUAAAUUAUUACAGAUAAUAGACAUCUUUUGUGAUAAUGUCUUCUAAUGAUAAUCAAUUGAAUGCUUUUGCAAGGCAGACUGACAGAUUUUAAUUUUUUUUUGAAAAAUUGCCAGAGCCUUUUUAAGCCAGUAUUCUAAAAUCCAGUCUUUUAAUCGGACUUUUGAUGUUGGGAAUACUAUAGUAUACUAAUGCUUAUCUUUAUUUCUACAGAAUCCAAUUUCAAUACCCAUUAGUAGAUGAAUAUCGUGCUUUCAAAAUCGAAGCAGGUCCUUUAAAUUUAGAAGUUUCAACAUUAUUAUCAUGCCUUGAUUCAGUCACUUCUUUUAAGAUAUUAUCUUUUGACUUAUUUGAUGAUUCCAAACAUGUGAUAUUGUGUUGUUCUUCUAUAAUCAUUUGAAGUCUGUUCACUGAUGCUUUGUAAUAGUUACAUUAUUGAUAUAGCCAUUACUGCUUAGUAUUAACUCACUGAGCAAAAGCAAUCAUUUAUUUUCAUUCUUAAAGUAGGGGAAGAAGAGCCUUAAUUUAUUAGUUCUACUUUUUUUCCUGCAUUACUGAUUUUGUAAACAUUUCACUAUGAAUAAUUUGUCCUCUGUCAUUGUCCACUGUAUUUAAGAAAAGAGAAGAAAAUGAUCAAACAUUCGAGAAGAGAAAAGCAGUAAUAAUAUACUUAUAGCCUAGUGCUAUAAAAUACAUUAUGGUGAGGUAUUUUGAUGCCUUAAAUUGUAUUCUGUUACAAUUAUUUUUAUUUUGUUGCUCAACAAAUUUCAGUCAAAUAUUGGAUUUGAAGGUGGUUUUUCAAUUUAAAAUUUAAAUGUAAGAGUGUCACCUCCUUAAAUUCAUUCUCAAAUACUAUGUGAUACAAGAAACUUAGGCAAGCUAUUUUAAUGCUAUAAUAUUUCUCAUUGAAAAAUUUAAGAGUUUAGAAAAGAAAUCUCUCAAUUUUUCUCCCCUUAGCUAAAAGAAAGGAAACUUUUAAUAUGUAAGUCUAUGAAUCUUUAUUAUCACUGAAAGAAUUUUAGCAGUACUUUAUACUGUAAUACCUUAAUUUGCCUUAGGGCAUGGGUUUUAGAAAAUUCUAAGGAAGACUUCAUCAUCCUUGUUAAAGUUUGAAUGACUUCAUCAGAUAGUGAUUUAGUAUGUCAUGAAGGGACAUUCCACCUUGGACUGUCUGCCAUCUAAAUAUAUGGAUUUCAUGGUGGCACUUGAAGCACAUUUUAAAAAUAUUAUGAUAUUCUAUUGUCCUGCUGAAUUCUUCAUUAUAAUACUACCUCAAGACGAAUGAUAGAAUGUCUGCUAAAAUAAAUUGGGUUUCCAGUAUGAGGAUCAAAUAGAAUUUUACAAAUAGAAGUGAUCAAAUAAUUAAGCAGUCAAGACCAUGCUGGAUCUUUGUUGUCAAUUACCUCUUGACAGUAGGGUAAUAUGGAUAUUUCAGUCACCAGUGAUGAAUAACAUAGUUAUCACCCAAAGAGUUAUGUGAAGGGGUUUCAAUCUGCAAAAUUUAAAGAUAAUUAGUUCCCUUUAAGGCUGGAUUUCUACAUGGUCAAUUUUAUGUCCAUUCACCUGAAGCUGCAAAAAAUUGCCCACUCUUAACAGUUAAAGGAUUAAAAUACCCAACUGCUAUACCAGAAUGGCAGAUUGAAUAUUCAAGUAUUCUAGCAUUGAAUGCCUGCUAAAUUUUUGUCAGAUUAUAAAUUUGAUGUAUAUUAUUACCCAGUAAAUUUUUCUUGGGAAUUUUGUAUACACUCUGAUAUAUUAGGAUAAGUUUUUGUAGUUCAAAGGAAUUUCAAAUAGUUUUUAGACAAAACAUAUCCAUGAGUGUGAAAAAGCUGUGUUGAAGAAUAGAUUACAUUACGCAUUUACCAGCAAGUCAGUAAAAAAUAGUGCUUAUUUACAUAGUCAACAUAAUUUAAUGUCCUGAAAAUAAUUUCUUCAAUUGCCCAAUAUUUAAUGUAUCAUUUGAGAUUUUAAAAAAAUACAGCCACUCCUUUAUGUAAACAUUAAGACAUGCCUAUGUUUCUUUAACUCUACAGCCUUCUUUACAAUAAAUUUAUUGACUUUUGUGCACAAAAUAGUAUUGCAACCUGCUAUUUAGCCUUUGGUGCCUUAGAGUUACUAUAAAUAUUUAACAAUAUGUACAUAAUGUAAAUACUGCCAAAAGAUCACUAAGGCCAAAUAUUUUCUCUAUUCACUUUUUACUGCACUUGCUUUCUAUUGCUACUUAAGCCUCUUUUAUCCAGCUUUGUAAUAGUUCUAACAUUGUAGCCAAUGUAAAUGUUUACUUUCAAUAAAUCUGAAUUUGUUCAACAA